UGAGAGGUGGAGCAACAAUCGGCUCGAGCGAUCAUCAUCCGGCACCCUCCUACUGAUCAUGGCACAAGCUCAAGACGACCACGAUGCAGCACUAUCUGGAAGAAGGCAAGGCCCACUCUUCAAGGGCACCGACUACUCCUCCCAGGACUACUGGGAGCGGCGCUUCGCUGCCACGGCUGCCAUGGUGAAGUCCGCAGAGCAGCGGACCAGCGAGGCUGAUGGCGCUGAAUUUGACUGGCUGGGAUCAGGCGAUGAGCUUAUGGACAGUUUGAUGGCGCAGAUGGUUGCUGGGAGUAUGAGAGAUGGAUUGACGUUGAACAUCGGUAGCGGCAGCUCCCGAGCUGGGCGUGGGCUGCGAAGACGAUUUGAGGAGAAGGGUUGGGACUCACGGCAAAUAGUGAAUCUCGACUACGCUCCAGCAGCCAUUGCGCUGUCAAGAAUGUCCGAGGAGAACUGCUUUGGUGACCUAAAGACUCAGCACGUCGUCGCAGACCUGCUCGAUGGGUUCAGCCUCUCACAGGAGAUCAGUACCAGUGUGACAAGGACAAAUGCGCAGCAGGUGACCGCAAUCUUUGACAAAAGCACAGCUGACGCUCUCUCGACGGGCCCAAACCUCCGCGCCCUCGGGACGAAGACAGGUAUGUUGAGUUUCGUCGCUGAGAGGAACGGACCUCGACCUGCUGCGGCAGAGUCGUGGGCGCCCGUCGAGGUGCUGGCCUACAAUCUUGGGCGGGUUGCAAGGCCUGGAGCUUUUUGGGCGGUACUCAGCUACUCUGCACAACGCUUUGACUUCCUUGAAGCAAGCGGCGGGCGAGGUGUGAAGGAAGCACAGAGGCUGUGGGAGGUGAUGAAGAAGUGGGCCGUUGAGGCCCCGAGCGGUAGAAGCUUACAGGAUACUCAUGCGCCUGCCGUGUAUCACUGGUGCUACAUUCUGAGGAGAAGAUGUAAUGGUCACGACCACACUUGAGCUCUGUCUUGUCCAUCAAUCGAUAUCGCCAAACCAAUGACCGUGACAUGAC